UUUUUUUUUUUUAAUAAAGUUAUUUCAAUUCAAACAAGAUGGCGACGCCCUAAUGGCAACCCGUGCUGUGCUGAGGAUGUGACAAAAGCUUCUGCUGUAUUAAACAAAUCAGAGGAGUAUGGCCACUGCAGGGAAGCCAGCAGCUAAAAAGGAAGCCAAGAGGUACACUCCAGCCAAAACCUCCUUCACUUCACCAUUCACUAUAAAAUGGAGCCCACUUCCCCAAGAAGACAUGCACUUCAUCCUGAAAACCCUAAAGGACAAACUGAUUUCCACAGGUCUUGAGAAGAAAGAGGUGAAAGUGUUUCGCCAGUGGAGGAAAAAGAAAGACCAGAAAUCUGCUGCAACAUCCGAACCUGUUCCCCAGGUGAGCCAGGAUGCACAGGUGCAAGAUGCUCCCAAAAACGGCUGGACAGAUGUGGCAGCCAGACGACAACUGGCCAUUGGCAUCAAUGAGGUCACCAAAGCGCUGGAGAGGAACGAGCUCAAACUCUUGCUUGUGUGCAAGUCCAUCAAGCCAGCACACAUGAAGAAUCACCUGAUAGCGCUGAGUGCCUCUAGAGGCGUCCCGGCCUGCCAGGUGCCUCGGCUCAGCCAGAGCGUGUCGGAGCCGCUGGGGCUGAAAAGCGUCCUCGCGCUGGGAUUCAGACAGUGUGCCUCCAAAGAUGAAGAGGUGUUCACCGACACAGUGGAAGCAAUUACACCCAGAGUACCUUUGCUGCAUGUUCCGUGGCUACAAGGUGCCGCACCCAGAGUAACAGCUGGAGGCCCCGCUGAGAUGGAAGUGGAGGAGGAAGCCGGCGAGGACAAGGGUCAGAAAAGGAAGCUUGAGACUGAAUCUGAGGAUGUCACUGAGCCUACUUCCUCCUGCACUCUACAACCUCUCAAAGUGAAAAAAAUAGUUGCUAACCCUGCAAGGAAAAGAAAAAAGGUUAAGUAGUAGCCAGUCAAAGAAAACAGAAACUCUGCUUAGAUAUCCUAUUUUGUAUAUUUCUUCUUGUGACCCCUUUGUCACAGGUUAUUGCCUUAGUUGUUGACACAGGGGUCCUUUAUUUCUACCUUUUAUUUGAAACUUAGAAUGGCUAGUAUUUUUCAAAACAAAGCUCAGAGAUGGAAUCUACUGGGUUUUUUUUUAGCCCAACCAGGUGAACUUCAAGGUUUUUUCUGACAGCUUGGGGAGCCAUCAGUGUUCAAAGCAAGUCUUCAUCACAGUGAACCACAACAUGUAAUUAAUUGAUUAAUCAAAUGACAGAAGAGUCUAUGAUUUCAUCUUCACCAAUCUGAUUAGUUAAUUACAUAUCUUUGGCUAUUUGAAGCAAUUUUUGUUUGUUUUUUUACAAUUACCUCAUAUUUUUGUCUUCUUGCAGAUGAGUGACUUUUAAAGUCAACAAUUCACUCUAACACAACAAUGUGAAUGAAAUGUUGUUUGUUGGAAUGAGCUGCCUAAAUGGAAACCUGCAGCUACAUAGAGGGAAUUAAAGCUUACAUGCAGCUUAAAUGAUUUACAAUAACUUGGUUAACUUGGAGCCUAGUGUGAUCUUUAAAUUUGUUUUCAAAGUGAAAUAUUAUUGUAUUAUUAUUUCUGAAUUAAGCUGUUUGAGAUGGUAUAUGGUAUAAUUUGAAAUCCACUGACACAAAAUUACUUUGAUCAAUUGUUUCUUUGGCCAAGUCCAUUUAACAGGUGUCAGUUAAAUCUGUACUAUGUUAAUAUUCCCCCUGUCGUAACAAAAAGAAGUGCAUUACUCAUGUUCCUUUUUAAAGUGAGUUUAUUCAAUCAAAUAUCCAUGCUGGUAUAGCUGACGUGUGUGUUCAAACAGAUUGUUAUUUGCAUGGGGUCAUGUCUAAAUGAUGCUGGUACAAGUUCUUCAGCUUUUUCACAGCUUACAAUGGAUUUGAAUAAAAAUAUUGUUCUUCAGUUAGA